AUGUCCUUAAAAAGUCCCAUGUCGCCAACGGGCCACAGAGGUUUCCGCCAUAUCCCAUCUAGUCCUGGAUCAGACGUCGACGACAUGAUGGAACCCAACGACAUACCACUACAACCCGUUCGCACCAACGCCACAACCGCCUCCUCGACUGGCGCCAGAAAGGUCGACCAGACUCUCUCCAACACUCUCGGCACCGUCGACUCCUCCCCGACCGAGAAGCAUGGCCUCUUCCACAAGGCCAGCAAGUCGAGCCGUCGCCAGGCUGGCCCUUCUGGACGGCGACGUGUGCGAGAUCUCAGCCGGCCUGGCACCAACAUGAGUGAGGAAAAGAAGUUCAACGCCUUGGGUCGCUUCUACCACAAGAUCGUCAGCUUCCCCUUCGUCACUCGCUAUCUAAUCUACAUUAUCCCCAUCGCCUUCCUGCUCGCCAUCCCGCUCUUCGUCCUGCCCUUCACCGGCAACAUCGAUAAUAUCCAGCUUGGCACCAGCGACGACGACAAGGAGAACUACACCCUCUUCUGGCUCUUCCUCUGGAUCGAAAUCUCGUGGCUGUCGCUAUGGACCGCCAAGCUGGUCGCCCACGUCCUCCCCUCCGUCUUCAUGUUCCUCUGCGGCGUCGUCAGCGCUGGAACUCGCAAGUACGCCAACGUGCUGGCCGCGUUGGAGAUCAACUUCUCCUUGUUUCUCUGGUCGCUGGCUACCUGGCUCGUCUUCAAGUUCCGCUUCACAGACGACAGCCUCGAAUGGGUCCACACCAUCAAGCGCAUCCUCUUGUCCGUCUUCAUCUCGUUGGGAGUUUUGCUCGGAGAAAAGGCCAUUGUUCAGCUCAUCAGCAUCUCGUACCACCAACGCUCCUUUGCCAACCGCAUCCAGGACUCCAAGCGCGACAUCUACCUCCUGGGUCUGCUGUACGAAGCCUCGAGGACCCUGUUCCCCAUGUACUGCCCCGAGUUUGCCGACGAGGACUACGUCAUCAGCGAUAGUAUCAACGCCCUCCUUAUCCGCGACAGGGCCGAGAAGGCGCGCGGAGGCACCAGCACCCCCAUGCGCCUCGUCGGCGACGUUGGCCGCAUCGGCGACAAGAUCACCUCCGUCUUUGGCAACAUUGCCUCGGAAAUCACCGGCAAGAACGUCUUCAACCCUACCUCGGCUCACUCCAUCGUCAUCGAAGCUCUCGAAAAGGUCCGCAGCUCCGAGGCCAUGGCCCGCCGUAUCUGGAUGUCUUUCGCGGCCGAAGGCGAGGAGGCCUUGCUGCUGGAGGAUAUCGUCGAAGUGCUGGGCGAGCACCACCGCGAAGAGGCCGAGGAGUGCUUCAACGCCAUCGAUGCCGACCAGAACGGCGAUAUCAGUCUUGACGAGAUGAUCCGCAAGGUUGUCGACAUCGGCAAGGAGAGAAAGGCAAUCGCGCACAGCAUGAAGGACAUCAGUCAGGCCUUGACAGUGUUUGAUAAGGUCCUGCUGUUUGUGGUGCUGAUUAUCGUCAUCAUCAUCUUCUUGGUCGUGUUCCAGAGCAGCUUUGUGGCCACGCUGGCCACGGCUGGUACCACGCUUUUGUCGCUGUCCUUCGUUUUCGCCGUCACCACGCAGGAGUUCUUGGGUUCUUGUAUUUUCCUGUUCGUCAAGCAUCCGUAUGAUGUCGGCGACCGUGUCGAUAUCAAGGGACCCGAUUUCCAGCAGCUUAUCGUUGAGAAGAUUUCUCUGCUUUACACCGUGUUUACCCGCAUCGACAAGAUGCAGGUCGUUCAGGUCCCCAACAUCCAACUCAACAACCUCUGGAUCGAAAACGUUACGCGAUCCAAGGCCAUGAAGGAAACCGUCGACGUCGCCGUCUCCUACGAUACCUCGUUCGAAGAGAUCGAGCUCCUCCGCCUCGAACUCGAAAAGUUUGUCUGCUCCCCCGAAAACAGCCGCGAUUUCCAGCCCGACAUUACCAUCAUGAUCAACGACGUCGGCAACUUGGACAAGAUGACGCUUAAGAUCCAAAUCAAGCACAAGUCCAACUGGCACAACGAGGCCGUUCGCUGCACCCGCCGCUCCAAGUUCAUGUGCGCCCUGGCUUUGGCACUCAAGGCGGUCCCCAUCAACGCUCCCGGUGGUGGUGGCGAGGCGUUGGGCGGUCCUACCAACCCUGCCUACUCUGUUGCCGUAACCGAUGAUUUUGCCGCCAUGGCCAGAGAAAAGGCGGAUAAAGAUAAGGAGGCGGCCAAGAUGGUUACCAAACUGCGGCAACAGAAGGAGGAGGAUGAUGUCCACACCCCGGGCAGCGGCAUCACAGGAGCCAGCAAGAUGGACGCCGAGAAACAGGCAGUAGCCAAUAUCAACGCCUCCGAUCCCGUCGCCGAGGCUAUAGACGAUUGGGGUUACGACAGAGUCACCCUGCGCUCUCGUGACAACUCUCCCGUAGGCCGCGCCCAGGCCGACGAUACCUCCUCCCUCAUGGCCCGCAGGGAUUACCUGAACCCCCGUGAGUCCCAGCGCGGACGCAGAAAGCCUGGCGACGGACUACCACCCAUGCCGCUAGGGAAUAGGUCUCUAAGCGUGCACGUUACUCGUCCCUCGGUCGGUGGUGGCAGAGGCAGCAUUCGCAGCCCUAACACCGGUCGCCGGUCCAACCUCUCGUUUGACGUCGAGCGAGGCGAAGCCGGUUUCAGCCCCAAUCUCUACACUGGCCAGGGUUAUGCCGGACAAGGACAACCAGGGCCGAGUAUGGCCCAGUACGCCGGAGCAGCUUAUGCCGCACAACAGCAGCAGCAGCAGCAGCAGCAGCAGCAACAAGCGAUGAGCCCUAGCUCGCCCAUCGCCAGCGGCGGGUUGUACACCGGACAAUCGACUUUGUCUCCCCUCUCACAGCAGCCACAAGCUCCUCAGCCGGUCUACACCACCCCCGGAGCAACCGCCACAUCAGUCCCACCAGUGCAGAACUUGCCCACCCCGUCGCCUAUCACACUCAGCCCCGCCGCACCCGUGCCGAUGGGAGCGAGGCCGAGAGGUGCUAGCAUGUCUAACCCGACAGCAGCGGGAGUGAGCAGGCCGACGACAGCUGCCGCUCCUCAGCAAGGGUAUACACAGCAGCAAGGGCAACCACCACAAGCACAACUCCCAGGGAACCUACCCCAGCAAGCGGCGGCCGCAGUGACGGGCUCCGACUUGACUCAGACACAAACCUCUCAGAACCAGGGACAGAGAUAG